AUGGCGGGGUAUUUGCAAAUGAUCCAAGAAGAUUCUUGUGUUCUAAAUAAUUACAACGCAUACUAUGGUGACAACGAACGAGAUAUCAAAGAGGAUAAUCAGGCAGGACGGGUUCUUUCCCAAGGGUACACUACAUCGCCAACGCACUACUCGAAGAAGCUCUGCGUGCUCUCCAUCGGCACCGGCGUCACAAAGCACUCAUUCAGGGAACGGGGGCUCGCCGCUGCUGGACCUGCUCAUGUACUCCAGCGGGUCGGAGGUGGACUACGAGGCCGCGCUCCUCUACAAGAGUACAAGACGCACGGGUGCGAGGACCAGUACCUGCGAAUCCAGGAGGGCCACCUGGAGGACGCCGCCGCCGCUAUGGACGACGCGUCGGAGGCCAACAUGGAGAGCCUGGUCCGGAUCGGCAACGAGCUCCUCGCCAAGCCCCUGCAGAGGACGGACUGGGAGACGGGGCGGCCCUUGCCUGUCGUCGGCGCGGGCGCGGGCACCAACGCCGAAGCGCUCACGGAGCUCGCGAGGAAACUGCGCGACGAGAGGAGGCGCAGGCUCGGAGCACGGCGGACCACGCGGAAACGGCUUCUGGAGAAGGUGAUCUCCGCCGGCGAGAUUGAUGUCUGCCAGGUCGAGGCCAAAAUAAGAGCGUGCUAG